UCUGCAUCGGGUGUGUGAUUAUUCUAGAAGUAAUAGUUACCAAACAGGGAAUCCUGAGGCUAGAAGCAGGUUUGAGACUCUCUACAGCUUAAAUGUAACAUUGGACACAAACUGUGAAUUUAGUACGAGUUUAAGGAUGCCUGCAGAUACAAGAAUCAACCUUCAAGUUGGCUCAGCUCUGAAAGUAGAAUGCUCCUCAGUUUCGGAUUAGGCAUCUUCCUUUUCCUGGCCACAUCAGGUGUGCACACUGCUGGCCAGCACUGCCGCUGUUCAGGCCUCCCUCCUGAUGGGCUGCAAGUCAACUGCAGUUUUCUCAACCUCAAAAAGCUGCCUCAUCUGCCUCCAGACAUCACAGAGCUCCACAUGCACAACAAUGAACUCACCACAGUGUCACCAGGUGUGUUUGACAGAUUGGUUCAUCUGAAAAAGGUCUCCCUAACUGGGAAUCCUUUCCAUUGUGACUGCAGGAUCCAAUACCUGAGGAACUGGUUGCUGAAAAACAGGCACGUUGUCUCUAAGGAACCUACCUGUGCCACUCCAGUCUUUGUGGCUCAGAUUGCCAUCUCUAAACUCAGCGAUGACUUUUUCACCUCCUGCUCAGGAACACGAUGUACUGGUGGAGUAUACAACAUCAUAAUGGGGGUGAUGCUAUGCUUUCUCAUUGCUUUACUUCUGUGGAGUCUGAGACUUGCCAAAAAAUCCACUUUUACUCUAUAUAUAGACAAGAAACAUGAAGGAUUUGAGGCCGAUUCGUUGCGUUCACUUAAGCCCAAACACAGAAGGAGGUUAAACACAUUACUGUCAGAGGACUCAGACUCUGUGACCUGGACUGAGGAUUUAGAGAGGCCACUUUUAAGUACAGAGUUAUUGCCACAAGUACUGGAUGUGUUACACAAGAAGCACAAUAUAAAGAUAAAGGCAACCUAAGGGACUCUCUGCUUCAGUGGGACCAGACGUCAAAAACACUGCAUGUCCCAAACAAAGGUGAAAAGAAAAUGUACUGGGAUUUCUUCUUAACAAUACCAUUUUUGUAACAUUAGUUUUUGGGCGUGUUUUCCUGCUUACAAUAGGGGGACAGUAGAAAGGGAAAAAAGGGAAGAAACACAUGCAACAAAGGUCAGGUGGGCCAGGAAUGUUGUGUUUCAUGGAUGCCACCCUUAAGCCCUGUGCUACUUGGCCAGCCUCAGUUCUUUUAAUGCUAAACCAGAGGAGUGUUUAACUGCUACAGAAUGUUACUGCCAAGUUGUUCUUAUAAUGCUACCCUUUUUUUACUGAAGGGAAAAUAUAUUCAAGUGGGUGUAAAUUGCACCAGAGAAAUGUGUGAUGAAUGAAAAACACCAUGUUAUACUGAAGCCAUUUGGAUUAAAAUUCGAUGUGCUUAUUAAAAAUUCUAAUAAAUGAGAAAAAAACUAGACUGAUGAGAAACAUUUUGGCUUCUAUCUUUAAAAAAAAACAAAAAAAAAAAAAA